GCUAAAGUGGAUGAAACCCUAACAAGCCAUGCUGUCAUUGAUAUGGAUGCCAGUUUUCUUGAUGUUUCAUUACCCUCAACUAAACAUUCAUCAAGCAAAAAUUUGCCAAAGACACUUGAAAGGAACAUUUUCACAAAUAGUGCAAAAUCCAGCAAAGGAGGUAACCCUAUGCUAUGUGCAACUAAUGCUGAUCUAGGUGACAACGAUAACUCCUUGAUAGAAGAUUCACUAUUAGAUCUAAUAUCUGACUUCCCAAGACCACCAACUCUAAAUCGAUGUCAGUCAGCCAGUACUCUUAUGUUUGCUUCAUUUUCUCCACAUCUUAUUGACAGACCCCUGACUCCAGAUUUUUUCACAGACAGUCCCUCGGUAGGCUCCUAUUUCCCCAGCUUUUCGUCGAAGCAUCUUGAUCCAGAUUCUUUAAAUCUGGGAAACUUGUCACAUUUCGAUACAUCAACCCAUUCAUUGUCAGGUCCUUCUGGAAGUAUUGGUCAUUUAGCCUCAACCUCUAACAUAAGAGGUGUCAAUCCUCCUUCACCAAUUUUGCCAAGCUUUAUAAAUUCUCCAGGAGUAGGGACACCCAGAUCUAUCAAUGUCAGACUUGCAGUAUCUCCAGUACAAGAAAGUGAAUGCAUGGAUAUAAUGAUUCCAAAUACGGAUUUGUCUGUCGUUUCCCAACUUCCUUCUUCUGACGAUCAUAGGAAAACUGUCAAAUUAUCACAAGUUUCAUUUGCUGCAUCAAAAUCUGCCUUUGAUUCACUGGACCAAAACUAUUCUCCAGAAAUACAAACUGCUAUUUCCUGUAUACCAGUUUCUGAAGACACGUCACAAAACAGCUGUCUUGUUGAAGAAUCACCUUUUCCAGUCAAUGUAAAGCAUUUUAAAAACUGAAUUUCAAAUUAAUUUUAUUUGAUAUUUUUAAAAAUUAAAUGCAACCAAUUUAGCUUUUUAACCAGUGAACUGUGGUCGGCCGAAAAAAUCGACUGACAUUCUCGUACUGUGGCAGCCGAUAAAAAACACUAUCCGAUAGCAACUUCCAAUCCAAUAUUUAACCGGAAUUAUCACCACUUCCUUUUAUUAAUAAUUAAAUCAUCUUCCGGGUAAAGCUGUUUCUUGAUAACUUAAAAAUAGUACUUUUUAAUCAGAUUUUUAUAUCACUGUUUAUUUUAAAGCUAAAUUGGUUGAAGCUAUGGCUGGGCCUUAAGUGCAAGAACUAAUAUAAAUAUUUUUGAAAGCUUUUUAGGAGAGGAUUUAAGUGAUACUGAUGAUGAUUUUAACAUUCCCCAUGAUGAUCUCAGUUGAGUCUAUUCUUCCUGUGAAUCUUAUACUAGUCUUAGUGAUACUGAAGUAGGCCUACUGAGGCUACUGUCAGACUUCGAGCCAGGCCUGGAGGUUGGGCAAGGACUGACUGAAUUUUACUCACAGAAGCUACAGAUUAUAGUUCAGAACUAAUACAUUUUAUAGUUAAGCAACCCAAAUCAGUUCCACAGUUUCUUUUUAAAUGUUUACCAGUCAAUAAUAAAUAUUUUGCCUGAGAUUUUGUACUUGGUUUUAGCAGUGGUCACAGUUUCUUAUAUAAAUGACCUAAAAUUGCUUUCAGAGGUUUAAUUGUAAUCAAAACUUUAGCAAACUAUACAUUUUCUGAAAGAUAAAUGAAUUGGCUAAAACAUUUUUAAGUGUAUUUUAAGUGAAUCUUUAAAAAUUAAUGAUGUUAUGAGCACCUGAAAGCAAAACAUUUUGUCAAUAUUUUUUUUCCUUGAGAACUCCAAGGUCAAGGACACUGAGCAAAAUUUUUUACAGGGUGGGCAAUAUGGCCCACUUUAUCCCCAUCCAUUUACCUUUCUAAAAAUAUAUACUUAUUGGGGUCUUGUAUCAAUAUUUCUGUCAUUUAAUGCUAUUUCAAAUAGCACUCAAAAGCUCCCACACCACAAAAUGAUGCAUGCCACAGUUCGUGGGUUAAAAUUCCUUUAAAUUUAAUUGAACAUGAAUUGACUUUCUCUUCUUUACUUCUGCAUCAUAAAAUUGAAGCCUUUUGAUAAUUAAAUGCUACUUAGGUGUUAAUGUUAAUAAAGGGCUGUCCAUAUAUUACAUAUGCACUGAGGAGGGAGUUGGGG